AUCAAUAAUCAUCAUCAUUCCUCGCGCUUUGAUUCUUCUCUUUUUCUUCAUUUCCUUUAUAACUAUUUCCUUUUCUUUAUGCUUCUAGCUGUAUUUAUAAUAUUUUUGGUUUUUGUUUGUUGGCCAAUGUGUGUGGCUGUAACUACUCUUUCUGAAUCAAAACUGCAAGAAACAGUGCAUGAGAAUGUUUUGAAGCUUUUUUUUUUUUCAAUUGAUAGGAGGAUCUAUUAAUUAAUUAAUUAAUCAAUGAUGACUUGUAAAUUAUUCUGUAUUUUUGUGGGGGCGUAAGCAGGUCCCAAUUGUCGACAAUUUUAAUUUUUCUGUAUUUUGUUGGCACAAAAUCAACGAUUUUUUUUUUUUUUUGUAGUGACAGCCAAAGUUUAAAUAACUUGGAAGAUUUUUAUUUUUUUGGACGAUCUAUGUUAGAUAGUUCAUUAAUAUUUCCUUUAGGGUUGCGUGGAGAAUUUGGGGUAUUAUUGAUGUUUGAUGUAUAGAUUAAUUGUUCAAAAUGUUGUGUAUAUUGUGCUUUGAAUGUGGUGUGCAGAAUAUAACUUCAGUGUUUAUGUCGUUUCUCAGGUUGCAGGAAUGGCUUUCUUUGGUAGAGUCGGGAAUAUACUGAGACAAGCAACGAAUCAGAAGAUCGGUUUGGAGAUACGUUCUUUGUCAUCUGUUUUCCAGGCUACACGGUGGAUGUCAAAUGCUCCAAAUUCAAGGCUGUUUAUAGGAGGUGUUUCGUAUUCUAUUGACGCGCAAAGUUUGGGGGAAAUUUGUUCACAAUAUGGCCAAGUUGUUGAUGGUAAAUGCAAGGAUAAUUAUGGAUCGUGAAACUGGUAGGCACAGAGGAUUUGGUUUUAUCACUUACAGUAAUGUUGAUGAGGCAUCGCGUGCCCUUCAAGCCUUGGAUGGACAGGAUCUUGACGGUCGUCGGGUUGAGGUAAAAUUUGCAAUUGAAAGAUCCCAUGGAUUUGGUGGCGGCGGCUUUGGUGGAUCUUAUGGCAAUACUCCCUAUGAUGCUGGAGCUGGCACUGGGCAUCCAGGUAGUUAUGGCAACACUCCAUAUGGUGCUGCAAGUGGUGGGUAUGACAAUACUGGUGGUGGCAAUGCUGCUGGAGUUUAUGGCAGGGGUGAAGAUGGUGGAGGUGGCAAUUGGCCGAGUGGUAAUUUUGGGGGAAGCAGCUUUGGUAAUAACUAUGGCGAUGCUGGUGUCUAUGCUGGCAAUUCUGCUGGAGGUUAUGACAACAAUGGAUAUGGUGGAGGAUCUGGCGGUGACGCUGGUCCCUAUGGUAGCAAUGCUGCUAGAGAUUAUGACAACGGCGUUGGAGGAUCAGGUAGCAGUUUUGGGGACAGAAGCUCUGGCAAGAACUAUGGUGAUGCCGGUGCCUUCAGAGCCAAUGCUGCCAGUGAAUAUGGUGGAGGAUCAGAUGGCAGUUUUGGGGACAGCAGCUCUGUCAACAACUAUGGUGCUGGUGGUGGUUAUAAUGGAAGCGGAACGAGUUACAGGAAUGCUGGUAGCUUUGCAACCAGUAACCCUUACAACGAUGGACCAGGUGCUGCCGGAUUUGGCAAGAAUAAUAAUUAUGACAGUUCUGCAGGAUUUGGUAGUGGCAGUAGGUAUGGUAGUGCUGCUGCUGCUGGAGGAAGGCAGAGUUUUGCCGGUAGUCAGCACCCUGGAAGUGCCAUGGCGAAUGCCAGUGACGGUACAGAUACUGGAAAUGGCUUUGCUGGUGGAAGUUAUGGGAAUGCUGGUAGCUUUGCAACCAGUAAAACAUACAAUGAUGGAACAGGUGCUGCUGGAUUUGGCAAGAAUAAUAAGUAUGACAGUUCUUCAGGAUUUGGUAGCAGCAGUAGGUAUGAUAGUGCUGCCUCUGUUGGCAGCCAUGGCAGCCAGAGUUUUGCCGGUAAACAGCACCCUGGAAUGGUGAAUGCCAGUGAUGGUACAGGUACUGGAAAUGGCUUUGCUGGUGGAAGUUAUGGGAAUGCUGGUAGCUAUGCAACCAGUAACACUGACAACGAUGGAACAGGUGCUGCUGGAUUUGGCAAGAAUAAUAAUUAUGACACUUCUGCUGGAUUUGGUAGUGGCAGUAGGUAUGGUAGUGCUGCUGCUGGUGGAAGGCAGAGUUUUGCCGGUAGUCAGCACCCUGGAAGUGCCAUGGCGAAUGCCAGUGAUGGUACAGAUACUGGAAAUGGCUUUGCUGGUGGAAGUUAUGGGAAUGCUGGUAGCUUUGCAACAUGUAACAGUUACAACGAUGGAACAGGUACUGCUGGAUUUGGCAAGAGUAAUAAGUAUGACAGUUCUGCAGGAUUUGGUAGCAGCAGUAGGUAUGGUAGUGCUGCUGCUGUUGGCAGCCAGAGUUUUGCCAGUAGUCAGCACCCUGGAAGUGCCAUGGCGAAUGCCAGUAAUGGUACAGGUACCGGAAAUGACUUUGCUGAUAGAUAUCAUGGCAGCGGUGGCCAAUUCGGUAGCAAUCAAAGCAGCAAUGUGGGUCAACAUGGUCGAGAUUUUGGAGGCUCGUUCGACGAAGAUUUCAGGAUCGGCAAUUAUGAAAAUGAUGCCUUUGCUGGACGGGCAUGAAGGAAUCUUAAAUGUCUAGUGCUCUGUUGCCUACCCCUCAUCUAACUUUUUGCCUUACAAGCAUUUAUCAAUCAGCAAAUACAAAGUUUAGAAGAAAGAAAUGUCAGUUCUCUUGUGCUUCAUUCUUUCCUUUUACAUUCUUUAAGGUGAUUUGUGUUUUGAACAGAAUGAUAUCUUUUUUCAGCAGCUUGUAAAUAAAUGUACUGUUGCCACAAUAAGCUUUUAAGACUGGCGUGGGAAUUUUCAAGUUUUUCACUCAGUAA